CACGAACAAGUUCUACACGCGGCUGUGCGCCCUCAUUCAAUCAUAGACGGUUCUGGAUUUGGAGUUAUCUCACAUCGUAUCGUAAUUAGCUUUUUGACGUUGACUCUUUAUUACCUUUUUCUUUUUUAGAGAAAGUCGUCUUUUCGAAAGGGGUCUUCUUCAAAUCCGUUUAUUUAUCCGUUAUCCCGCGCGCGCUACCGUAACGACUCUAUCUGUGCGGGCGCGCUAAUUAGCUUACUGGCUAACGAGCACUGCUCUCCGCAACCCUGACAACUGCUACGUUUGGAUGUACCCAAGCUCAUCUGCACUUAAAGCUGCACAAUGGCAGUUUUAAUCUGUGUGACAUCUCAGCACAAAAGGAACAAGAACAGAUCUAGUUUAAUUACAGGAUAGCAAUACGCCCACACUACACCUCUGUUUACCUUAAUCGUUUUCUGGUCAGUACCAGUUAAAUACAUUACAAGUUUGCACUGCUAAAUCCCAGUAAGCCUAAAUAAGAUAUUUAUUAACCAUUUACCUCUGUUUUUAUUUAAAACUAGCUGCUGUUUUUAAGUAGCAAUAUAAAUAGCUUCGACAGGCAUUAUUUCCCAUUUAAAGAUUGUGAAGCAAUUUCUCUAUAGUCGAAAAUCAUGGUUUCGACUACUGCCACUGCAAUAAUACUGGCGAGCACAGUGGGGCUAGCGACCCAGUCCACUUAUCUGACAGAAUACACAUGGCUGCUGGUUGUGGGCUUCAUCAUCGCCUUCGUCUUAGCGUUUUCUGUGGGUGCCAAUGACGUUGCCAACUCAUUUGGCACAGCCGUUGGCUCUGGAGUGGUCACCUUGCGACAGGCAUGCAUUCUGGCCACUGUGUUUGAGACUGUGGGGUCUGUGCUCCUUGGGGCCAAAGUGAGUGAAACCAUCCGCAAGGGUAUCAUCGAUGUUGGCAUGUACAACGGCACUGAGCAGGAGUUGAUGGCUGGAUCCAUCAGCGCCAUGUUCGGUUCUGCUGUGUGGCAGCUGGCUGCAUCCUUCCUUAAACUCCCCAUCUCUGGAACACACUGCAUUGUUGGUGCUACUAUCGGUUUCUCACUUGUUGCCAGAGGCUCGCAGGGAGUCAGAUGGCUUGAACUUCUCCGUAUCGUUGCUUCCUGGUUCCUGAGUCCUCUCUUGUCUGGAAUAAUGUCAGCCGUUCUUUUCUACUUUGUGCGAAUGUUCAUCUUACACAAGAAAGACCCUGUGCCUAACGGAUUGAGAGCCCUGCCUGUGUUUUACGCCGUGACUAUGGGAAUCAACGUUUUCUCCAUCAUGUACACUGGAGCUCCGAUGUUGGGAUUUGACAAGAUCCCUUGGUGGGGCAUCCUGCUCAUCUCCUUGGGCUUCGCUUUGCUGACGGCCCUUGUGGUCUGGUUUAUUGUCUGCCCACGCCUCAAGAAGAAGAUUGAACGAGAUCUCAAGUCUUCCAGUCCCUCUGAGAGCCCCCUGAUGGAGAAGAGGGAGCCGAAGGAGGCCACAUGUCCGAUCCUGAAACAGACUGCCACGGACACGACUACCACUCCACCUGUCGAUCAAAGCGCAUCUGCUCAGCCCCAGGCCGCCUCUGAGGACCGCAGGGUGGCGUUUGACUUUGGAGAUUCAGACGAUGUUGACAAUAAUAAGGAACGCAGGGUGGCGUUUGACAUUGGAGACUCUGAUGACAAUGACUGCAGCAAUGAAAAUGAUGACAAACCGGUUCAGUGUAACGGUCAGGCCAACAACCAGCACAGCAAUGGCGCCGCAAAUUCAGCUAACCAGUUCAACAACAGGCCGGCACAGAUCCCCAGUAACGGGUACAGCCAGUACCACACGGUGCACAAAGACUCAGGCCUCUACAAGGACCUGCUGCACAAACUCCACCUGGCCAAGGUCGGGGACUGCAUGGGCGAGGGGGGGGACCGACCCAUCCGCCGUAACAACAGCUACACCUCCUACACCAUGGCCAUCAUCGGCAUGCACGGAGACUUCAAGCACAGAGAGGGAGAAUAUCGUGCCUACGAGGAUGGCGACAAGGUCACGGCAUCAGGAGGGCAGGAGAAGAAGCGCGUGCGAAUGGACAGUUACACCAGCUACUGCAAUGCUGUGGCAGAGCACACCACUCCCGAAGCCCUGGGAGAGGGGGACGUGACACUGGAAAUGGCGAAGGAGGACGCAGGCAGCAGCCAAAGCUCUCUGGAAGACGAUGGCCUUGAGGCGGAUAAGCCAGAAGUCUCAACUCUCUUUCAGUUCCUCCAGAUUCUCACCGCCUGCUUCGGAUCCUUUGCCCACGGGGGAAACGACGUUAGUAAUGCCAUUGGACCGCUGGUUGCUCUGUGGAGUGUUUACAAAAGCAGCAAUGUGUAUUCAAAUGAACCUACACCAAUUUGGCUGCUGUUGUACGGAGGCGUGGGCAUCUGUGCCGGACUCUGGGUGUGGGGCCGCAGAGUGAUCCAGACUAUGGGCAAGGACCUUACACCCAUCACCCCCUCAAGUGGUUUCAGCAUCGAACUGGCCUCAGCCUUGACCGUGGUGGUAGCUUCCAACAUUGGCCUGCCUGUUUCCACCACCCACUGCAAGGUGGGCUCUGUGGUUGCGGUAGGAUGGCUGCGCUCGAAAAAGGCCGUUGACUGGCGUCUGUUCAGAAACAUCUUCAUGGCGUGGUUUGUGACGGUGCCCAUCUCUGGUCUGAUCAGCGCCGCCAUCAUGGCCAUCUUCAUCUACGGCAUCCUCUGAGCCCUCGGCUGCACCCCGAGCAGGGGAGGAGGAAGAAACCGCUCCGGCGCACCGAGAGGAGGAGGCGAGAUGGAAGGCCAAAAUAUAUCGCUUACCUCAAGCCAACAACUUUGGAAGAAAGAAGGAAAACAAAUGUUUGAAAUGACUUGAGAUUUGGGCCUGUGGUUCUUGGCUGCAUCAUUUUCAAACUAGAAUUUGCUGUUUGUUCCAUUUGGGCCACAUUACUUCCAGCGGGAAGAUUACAUUUCUUUGUUCUGACUUGCUUUUUCAUCUCAUCGAUCUGUAACGAGUUAAUCUGAAAGCUUCAACUUUUUGUUUCUAAUACUCAUUCUUCCAUUUAUUUUUUUUACUUUGCAAUUAUGUAUAUACAACAAUUUUUUAUUUUGUUUUACACGUUUUUAGAAAGUAAUGAGUAAUUGAAAUGCAGUAUAAGCCUUUUGCUGAUGUAGCUCUCCAGUCAUAACACAUGCUGAAAGUAACGUAGAUGCAAAAGUAUUUUUAGGUGAAAAACAAGUUAUUUUGUGUAUGUGUGCGUUUCCCCUAUUUCAAGUAAUUAUUACUAUUAAUGUUUUGCAUCUGGCUUUCUUGUAUCUCCUAAACUGUGGGACCUUAGCUUCUCCCCCUCUAGUGUUAUACGACAAUAUUGACUUUAAACUGUAAAGUUUACUCUGAGAGGUUAGUGACAGUGUUUUCCGCCAUAUGUAGAAAUGUGACGACUUUCAGAGUUUGCAGUGUUUUAUGGCACACUUAUCUGAAUAAUGAACUCUCACUGGAUGACCACCUGCACUAUAUCAGCCCGCCUCUGGCAUGGAAUGGCAAAGCCCUUAUCAUUAGUCUCAAUGGGUUAUCAAUCCAGUUCUUUAUCAGAGCUUAUGCGCAGGAACAACGGCCUGAAUAUUAUUUACUUGAAUUUGAGAAGUAAAACAGCAGAAUGUCAUUGAACGUCUACUCUCAAACAAGACCUUAAGUCUCCUGUUGAAACUUGAAUGCAUCAUCUUUAGGUGUCCUACAGCGUAGUUAUUUUCAGUUCACAUUGUAACUCCUACUUCCCAGUAUGUUGGCUCUUCUGUGGAGUUUGCACCUGCCGAGUUAUUUUGGUUAUUCUAGCGUUCAUCUUAAUUCCUGGCCUUCUGAAUGUGAAUAAGGUUAACGAGGACACACAGGAACUCUAAAGCUGGAUGUUAACUGAGUGGUUUGGUGUUGAGCUGAUCUGGUCUCUUCUACAACGAGGGCUGACAUACGCUGCAUGCCAUCAGUGUGUGGUCAUUUGGCUGCGAUACUAAAUGCAUAUCAGACCUAUAGAUGCUGUAGUUGCCUUAAUUGUUUUGAUUUUCCCUUUAGGUACCAAAGAAAAAGUUUUGUUUUUUUAAUGCACAUGAACAUACACUAGUCCAAACUUGUGGACGACAAAAAAACAAAUAAAAAUGGGAAAACGAUA